AAAAUACGUGAUUUCGACUGCCAAGAUAUAUAUUUGAAAAAAAGGCGUCGUAUAUGUCACGUCUUACGAAAUUCUAAAUUGUACGUUCCAAAUCACCCCAAAGUGUAACCAUGACUACUAACAUUAUCUUUAUCUGAAACGAAUUUUCACAAACAGAUAUGAGCUUACAUAUGCCUUGAUAACAAAUUUUGGAAGUCUCCCUUGAUGAUAACUGAGUUUAAACUGUAUAUCAAGCAAAUAGAGCUUCUGCAGAAAUAAAGGAAUUCUUUGAUUCCUCGUCAAAUCCAUAAUUGCAAAUGGAUGACAUUUAUUGUAGAAAUAGGUGGUAGAAAAACAACCUCCAGAUCUACAAAUCAUAAUAAAUCAUCAUCGGGUGGUAAGAAGAUGGACCAACAAGUGGUCGAAAAGGUUCCAGACCAAAUGACGCCAGAUAUUCGGGAACCUCCAAAUGAGAUAAAGGAGGAUACGCAAUUGAAAACGGCAGGCAUUGGCCUAGAAGACUCCGCAAUUGCCCUUGAGUCCGUCACCAACGAUGCGAAGGGCUCUAAAUGUUUAUCUAGCAAACCUGUCGACCAAGACCAACUCGAUUUAACUAUGGAAUUUCAACAAAUUAUACGUGAUGAAACAAAGGAAGAAGAUGCCAAGACCAAUGAUCAGGGAAUGGCAAAAAAAACCGAAGUAGAAACGGCAUUGCCAGCGAAAUCUGAUCUUGUGCUACAGAAAAAGAAGUUGAAAAUUGAACCGAACUACAAAACUGAUCAGUGGACAGCCAUCGUAUUUAUAGCAGCGCCUCAAGUAAAAAAUCAUGAUUUAGCGAUAGUUGGAGAAGAUCAGCAUUUAGGAAAAUGGAAACAACCGAAAGGAAAAUUCGAAUCGAUUGUGCAAAUUGGCACAGACCUAUAUAUCUUUAAAGGAAUUGUUCCCGUCCCCGAUAAGCCAAAUUUCAAAUUUGUUCACGUCAAUGUUGCCGACGAUAAGAUAGAAUAUGAAGGAGAGGGAAUUUGGGACAAUCGGACAGAAGAAUUAUUGCCCGAUUCGUGGAAUUUCUUUGUUUUCAAACCGAAACCUAAAUCAGUGUUUGGAAAAGCUUGGGAAGCCGUAAAAGCGUAUCUCCACAAAUCAGAAACAAAAGAAAAAAUAGCUUUCAAUUUCUUUAGAAUCGUGUUUGACCACACAUUGGAAACCAUAUUACCAGAUUGGGAUAGUGCCAUGGAGUUUAUAAGUGAAUGCCUCGCAAAGGUAAAACAAGCAACAGGCGCUCAGUCUUCCGAAGGUUUUCUGCAGUUUCUUAACAAAUGGUUUGAGGAUCCUGAAAUCCAAGUUAACUUUGAUCAGUUAUUCCUACUAAUAGUGGGGGCAUGCAAGAUGGAAGUCUAUUCGACAAAAAUGAAACAAAUCUUAGAACCGAAUAGAAAAGAAUUCUCACGCUAUUUGCAUAAAUUUGGUGGUGUGAAACGCAAAGGUCAAGAUUUAAAAAUUAUUCUCGAACGCAUCGCUUGCUAUGCUGGACCGGAUUUCUGGUGGAUUUUGUUUCGCUUAAAUCGCCAUUUGGAUGCACUUAGAAAAUUCACACGCGAGGAGGUUUCAGAAUCCAUAUUUAAGACACUACAAGAGAUUCCCGAAGUACUACUAGACAUUCCAGACAGCAGGAACAGAGUCGUAGAUCAUCUAGUCCGUUGGAAUGACAUAGAUGAAAUAUAUUUCCACCUGUUUCCUGUCUUUGAAAAAAAUGUCAGCUAUCAGCAAAUUCUCCAAUCGCUUUUACUGCAGCGCCUUUUUGUUCACAAGACGAGCGUCGAAGAUGUCGUGAAGAUCUUGCGCUCAGAAUUUAUGGAAAAGGCAUUUAGAAAUAUUUCAGUUCCAAGCCGUGGCAUCACUGAGACCGAAAACAAUAUUUCUAACGACAUGGUUUUAUUAAAAUCAGCCAACCUUGCGCAGACUGCGAAUUCGAAGAGCGUCUGUGAACCUUCCCGCGUGAAUCGGUCACUGUCACAGGAAGGCUUAUUAUUCGAAGAAGCUAUCAGAACUGUUUUCAAUAGAAAGCUUUCGGAUGCCGCAAAAGUAGCGUGUUGCAUUCCCGAUUAUAUGCUUCCGAUCGCGAUGCCUAUUGUCGAAAACAUGGUUUCCCAUACACUGGAUACGCAUUCACAUUUCAAUCGUGAUGAUUAUCGGUACUUCGGCGAGCUGGAUGAGAAUUGCUUCAAGAGUUUCCCUCGAGCCAAGGAGAAAAUCAGUGCCAUACUGCUGAAAAUGACGGUUGAUCACGUGAAAUCAGGCUCCUUUCAGGACAUUCCCACAAUAAAACUGAUGUUGCUCGGGUUAGCUAAAACAAAGGACAUCCCUUUCCUUGAACGUGCAAAAGUUGUGGACCUACAGAAAGCGAUUGGCAGAUUGCCCCGAAAGUUCUUCAAUAAUCUAUAUGCCACUGUGAAAAAAUCUGGUACGUCGGUAGAAAAAACUUUAAAAGUCUACCGCAAAGGAGCAACCAAAGCCAUAGUGGAACAGUUGGAGAACCAUUUUGACCAGCUAGAAGACAUUCUCAAUAGAGUCCGGGACCGACGUGUUCCACUCAUUGAGUUGGCUAGUCUUCAAGACCCGCAGGUGCUUGACUGCUUAAAAAGUUUUGGGUUUAGUGAUCGGACACAAGACGAACUUCGCCAGGAGAUAGAAGAAUUGCGAGAGCGGCACAACUUGUAUGGUUCCCUUUAUAGCAGAUUUUCCCGUUCAGAAGUCAUGUUCACCAGUCAAGAAGGCACAAACGAAGAAGAGAACGACCUCAAAGAAGAUGACAGUGAAGAAGAUGACAAUAAAGAAAACGACAAUGAAGAAAACGUCAGUAAACCAGAAACCCGUCAUAUCUUGGAUCCCAAAGAGUGGGAGAGCUAUCUUAAAGACGUUGAUUCCGGAAGGAGCAUUUUAACUUUAAAAGAUGCCAUGAACUUACAAGUACCUUUACAAUUGCCAUCUGCUAGAUGGCUAUUCCGAAUAAAAGAGAGUGAUUUGUUUAUGGAGAAAAUAUGGCAUCCAAUGGUGAAGUCUUCACGGACAUUACCAUUAUGUAGAAAUGAUCUGCAAGCCUUCGUCAUUGAAUGCGCAGCACAAUGGGAAGGUUUGGCACGCCGUAUUGCCGACGGAAGCACAUCGUUCAUCUAUAUGGACGAAAUCGUUAAAUUACAAUCAGAUUCCAAUGUUCUUUCGAAAAGACAUCUGCAAAUGCAGAGUGUUGAAGGUGUUGAAACAGCAUAUCGAAAUUUCAAAAACCUUCAAGAGUUACGCCAUCUUAUCGGUCCAUUUGUAGCGGCCCUUCGAUUCUUCACUAUCCAUGAAAGGGGCCCAAUAGAUGCGCUGCACAAUUUCAUUAAAACCAAUUUACUCAAGAACUGGGAUACAACUACAUUGGCUCAAAUUGCAGAAACAGGAAUUCUUAAAGUUGUGAAUGAAGAACUUAAUAUCGACCCAGAGCGACCUGAAACACGCAACGUGAUGCAGUUUAUUAGUUCUCUAGUGACGGAUGAAAAUCGCUCCCCACUAAUAGAAUGGCUGAGACAAAAAACCGAAAAAGACAUGGAAGCCAUGGGAAAGAUUUUACAAGGAACUUUACUCGUUGCCUAUGGCCAACUUCAGACGUUGCGAACCCGGAUUGCUCCUUUCCUUCAAAAUGAAUUUAGGACGUACCAAGAUCUAUUAAAAGUUGUCCGGGACUCAGAAGAACGCUUUGCGCAACGCGUCUCUGGCCGUGUCCAACCAAUCGAUUGCAAAUGGUUGGUUAACAUGCUUCCUGAAAUUCAAGCCGCUGUCCGCGCUAGUGUCAUUUCGCCCUCGGAAGACGCCAAAGAAAAACUGACCAAACUUCACCAAAUUGUUAUUGACCCCAAAAAUGAAUUCUACUCGAUCGAAAUUCGCCUGAAACCGUCCGGGUUGCUUUCAAUGGAAGAAUUAAAACAAGCUUUCCAGCUGCUGGAUAUGGCUGCGGUGGAUGAUGGAGACGACAACGGAGAAUUGAUAGAUCGCAUUAGACGGAACGUCGGGCUAAUCGAGAAGCUAUCUGAAGUAUUUCGUCAUCUUUAUGCAUCCGGCUGCAUUACCUUCACUUUCCGUAAUAGCAUUACUAUUGGGCUUGCAGAUUUGGAAACGGAAAUCAAAGUUAUGCAAGACCAGUUAGAGAAGUGGACCGAUCACUGGAAAGAAAUAGAAGAAAUGCCCUUCCUAUCACUCUUUUCGCGUGGUUAUCUUCUUCAGCUAGCAGACUUGAUCGGCAAAAACGAAAUCGAUGAUGUUAAAUCAAUUUUAAAAAUUCGACUACCCGCUGGGGCGUCAAAUAUAGACGCACUAGUUAACGAGCUUAUUCAGCAAACUCCGAGUAUCGAUGGUGAAGAGGAUUGGCUUUCUGUUGCUCAGCUAUUCACAAUUCUUCGACAACUUCAUCAACUUAUCAAAGCCGUUUUUCACCAGAAAAGUCGUGAGCUUGACCUUCCACCAUUCCUCGUUUCAUAUGGUCGAACGUUGAGAUCUCACUUUAUCGACAAAGCCGUCGUCAUUCUCAACGUCCCGCGAGAACUUCUAGUAGGAAGUUCUUUGGCGGCGUUUAUUUCGCUUACAAAUCAACCAAUAGAGCCCAGUCGAAUUCUUUUCGUUACAACCAACACAGACAAACCAGAAGUCGAGCGAUUUAUGAAGCUGUGGUCGGUUGGUAAGGCUGAAGCAGAUUUUUUUAUAAUCCUCCACGUCGAGAGACUCACGGCAGCUUGCGCCUGUGCCGUCCGUGAAGGUGUCGAUCGUGUCUUACCAGAACGUCGCGCAAAACUUUUGCUGUUGGCCCAGCACCACCAUCGUGUCCAGUCCACAAAAUCCCUUGGUGCUCGGCUUGGCGUCGUUUCUGAUCGCCUGCUAGAAGUAAAUUUCACAGCAGACCAGCUACGCCAGUGUUUCGCCAGUCUUCUACCGAAUGCGGCCAACCUGCAUUUCUUCACUUCAAAGUUGCCGGGUUGCGGCAAGAGCCAACAAGCCAUGCAAAAAGCUGCAAAUCAAUUAUCUAGUCCCGAUUAUUAUCGCAUAUGUGUGCGAACUGGCUCCGUUGACGAACUUCUUGCCAGUUUGAAGAAAAUUGAAACCCUUUCAAGUCAGUCGAGAAAGAGUGCUACAUAUCUUCAUCUAGAUGUCGCCCAUUCUGUUUCUUUCGAGUUCAAUGACAUUUUACUCUCUUUACUGGUGCAUGGAGCACUCUUCGAUCCGAAAAAGGCCAAGCUAGGAUAUUGGGUGAUCUCUCCCCGAACCAGCAUUGCUUUGGAAUUCGCAUCCCCGUUUGGAGUGGAUGAGUUCCCAGUCAUAGCUUAUCUAGGAAAACACUAUGUAUGUGAAUGCAACAAAUUCUUUUUCAGCUACGAUUUAGCUGCGAUGCCCCGUGUUCUUGGACAACCAGUGAUGAUCAACCGCUCCAACGCCCUUGUGGCGAUCGGAAAAUUUCUACAGGUUAAGCAGGCAGGACAGAAAGGAUUACGCAUGUGGGAUGAUAUUUGUUCUCUUCCCGAAAUCCUCAUGAUUGAUCCUUUGCCAGAAGAUACUACCUUCGAUCUCCUAGUGGAUUCCUUUCAACAUGAAGAAAAUCGAAACGCUCCCACUUUCAGUGCCCUAAACGCCAUGGCCUCUUUCCUUUAUCGCCAUAUUGGCGCCAUGAUCACUAGCAUGUGGUUCAAUGGCUCAGCUGUGUAUCUGUUUGAGCGUGACGAUUUAGCUGGAGUAUUCAAAUUGAAUGUUUUCGAUUUAUUGCUCAAAGUGGCUAACGAUAGCAUCAACCGGUGCUGGUCCUUGACCAAUCAAGGAAAGAAGCUCACAGACAUGGACUGGACGAAUCGUCAAAGAGCCAUGUUCCUACUGGGACUGAAUGAGAAUGGAUUUAUCACUGGUAUGAAUGUGGUGGGACGCGAUGCAAACGCCUUAAAAAGCAUGUUCCAUGCUAGCUUGCUCCCCAUUUUGCAGCACCAGUGCCUCCAUUUUCAAGAGUUACGUGGAUUCCGAAAUUUGAUGGAGAGCCGUGAGGGCGCUGAAGUUAUCUUGAAUGCAAUGCGAUCGCUUUUACUCUUGGAUGGAACUGCAACAAGUGCUGUAAAAGUAUACCAGUUGGAUAGCCAUCCCAAAAAUACUGCAGCUAGUCAACGUUUAAACGAAUUGGUUGGACAAGAUCAAGGGUAUGUCCUGACUGGAGACAACAUCACGAAAAUGAUGUUUGCACUUUAUCGCAUCCGCUGUGGUCUUCCGGUUGUGGCUUUUGGAGAAGCUGGCGUGGGUAAAAGCGCGCUUUUCCGCUUUCUCAUUCAGACGUUGCUCGGUCACGCAUUUGAAGUGUGUAAUGUAAAUAGCGGAACAUCCAUUGAAGACGUGGAGGCUAUAAUCGACUUGUCAGUGAAAAUUAUCGCGAGAAACCCUGAUGCACAGGUCUUCCUCUUCUUCGACGAAAUGAACACGGCCGAUCCUCCCGUCAUAGCUUUCCUGAAAGAGUUGAUGUUGGAUCGCCACUGUCACGGCACUGUUUUACCGGACAAUUUACAUUUGAUGGCAGCUGCUAAUCCUUACCGACAUUUGAAAGAGGCCGACAAGGAAGCAGCUGUCGGAUUGGCUUUCCGCUUUGCCCAAGGUGAGAGCAGUGGUGCUCGGUCCGACGCACGUGAUUUGGUGUAUCGAGUCAACGAAUUACCGGUCGCCUUUUAUGAUCAUAUUUAUGAUUUUGGUCGCCUUUGCGACGAGGCCGAAAACACGUAUAUUGAAGAAAUCUGUCAACAUGGGUUGCCUAGGCCCAGCUAUCAUUCCGAUUGGGUCAAAUGGUUUGUUUCCGUCGUUCAGAAGAGUCAUUCGGUUGCAAGAGCGCUAAGUGUCGACCCAGAGUCAGCUGUGUCACUUCGAGAUGCCGCUCGAGCUGUCCAACUUUUCCAUUGGUUUUGUCUAGCACCAGCUGGUCAAAAAAUUUCACAGGGAGACAUGGCAGUAGCAGCCGAUUUGACCAUUUACCUCGUCUACGCCUUCCGAUUCCGUAAACGAAAAAUGUUUUUGAGGCAAGUCUUCGGAAACGAUCAAUCAGCUUCGGAUAAUAUGACGGAAGUUUCUAGAAUCAUCGCUGAAAUGUUGUACGAACAAGCCCAUGGGGCUUCAAUUGGUUCCGGUGCCAUCGCGUUUAACGACGCCCUUUGCGAAAAUCUUUUUGCCUUGUAUGUCUGCGUUCUAAACGGAAUAUUUCUGAUUAUUGUUGGACGGCCUGGAUCGUCGAAGUCGUUGUCGGUCGAAAUCCUGAAAUUAGUACUAUCACCGGGCAAUUACACACUCCGACAGAAAUUAGGAGAUUUGCCUGCCAUUACGGAGCUCUAUUUCCAGUGCUCACCGAUGUCUACAUCUUCUGGAUUCAAAGCCCUGUUUGAAUCGGCGCAGCGGCUAAGUGUAGAUCCAAAGACUAUGUUGGCCAUGGUAGUGUUGGAUGAACUCGGCUUGACCGACAUGUCGCCAGAAAAACCUAUCAAAGUGUUGCAUUCUGAACUAGAACGACAGUCUGUUUUGACAUCUGGCGAAAAACAACAGUCACCUUACUCGGUGGUUGCCCUCAGCAAUUGGGUGGUGGAUGCUGCCCAGGUGAACCGAGGAAUCUUGAUUUUACGCGCGCAAGCCAACAAGGAAGAUCUGUUGAGAUCAGCGAAACAGCUAGCCGAUUCCUUGCUCGUUAAAUACGCGGAAAAAUCGGCAAGAAAGCGCAUCCUUGAGAUGCUAACUGAAAGCCUAGAAAGUGUUGUCAGCACAUAUCAAGAACUUGACAAAAGAGAAGAUAUUGGAGGCGGCCAUUUCUUCUCCAUGAGAGACUUCUUCUUUUGCGUCAAGAAUUUCGUUUGCUCCGUCUUCGAGUCUUACACGCGGAUGGGAGGUUUGCGUGACAUUCGAAUUUCUCGACACCUAUUGAUUCAGUCAGCUGUUCGUAACUUUGGCGGCCAUGAAAAAGCAAGAAGAUUGGUAAGAAACAGCAUGGCUAAUAACCUCGAAAUGAAGUUGGAAGUCAUUCCAGUUACAUCACCUCUCGAUCUGAUUGUGGCCAACAUUCAAGAUUCUUCAAAACCGCUAUCUAUUCAUAUCGCCAGACAUUUAAUGAUUCUUAAUCGAUCGAUGAUUGGACUACAAUUACUCAAUCGCUAUGUUAAAAGGGAAUUGGAUGAUGGAACGAACUGGAAUGUUCUGUUUGGUUCCUGUUUCCCGGGUGAUUUACAAGUGACAGCCGUAACGAGAAAAUUGCGCCAAGUUGAACAAGCUAUCCGUUCCGGCGGCGUCCUCAUCCUGUGCCACGCCGACCAGCUUUUCGAGUCACUUUACAUGGUGCUGAAUCAACAAUAUUGGGCACAAGGUGAAAUGAGGAUGACUCAGAUCGCUCUCGGCCCAUCCAUUCGGGCCAUAGCCCUCCCUGACGGCCCUUUCCGGAUCAUCGCCCUUCAAGAUACGGAUGUAGCGCUCAAUCGCGAGUUGAUGUCUCCAGCUGUAUUGUCUCGGUUCGAGAAGCACGAGUUGAGGCCGUCUCAUCUACUAGAUGACGUCGGUAAGUCCUAUCGUGAUGUUAUCGAGUCACAUCCUCUCUGGUUCCCUGUUGCGGAGACAAUCAAACGGCAGAAAUUUAUCUACGGAUAUCAUGAAGAGUCUUUCGCUGCAUUGGCCCUUUAUUUACAAGAUGGAGGCAUUCCAAUGGAACUUGAAGAAACUCAAGAUGAAAAUCAACACAGUGCCACCACGAUCUGGAUGAGAGCGACCAACCCAAUGUCCAUGAUCAAAUUAGAAAGGGAUCCUAGCAUCGACACGGAAUUGCUGGACGAGUGUCGACACUACCGUCAUAACUUUGUUUUGGAAAACAUAGAUGAAGCUUUGCACAAGGUCAAAUCUAAUCGGAUAGUUCUGAUGACAAACACGCUCCGUCAUUUGGAAAUCGCGUUUGCUGUGUCUUCCCCCUACCGCCAUUCCACCAUUCAGCUUUUUGAAAUCCUUACUGAACUUGAACUCGUCAAGCUGUUGGAAUCGAUUAACGACGAAGAUUUGGCUGAUCCAUACUUCUGCCUUAUUGUCCAGUAUGACGCAGUGACUGGGCCGAUAGAACAAUUCCAGCUUGCCAAGUACGAAAUAGAGCAGCGGUUUGAAAAGAAAAAAUGCCGUGUGAUUUUCGUCGUGCACGUCGAUCCUCGACCUGUGAAUAUGCACUGGGUGUUUUCCUUUGGUGAUGGUUGGGAUUAUUGUUUCGUAGAUGAGGUCGUCCGUGGCGGCCAAUUAGACCACCAUCGAAUCCCGCUAGGCGAAUUCGUCAAAUCGGCUUCCGACCAAACUUUGUCGGGUUUUAUUGAGAAAAUGUCAACUGGAUCAUUCAAGUCAUUAUUACUCGAAAUGCUCGGCCCAGUUUUGCAAACAAGUCUAGCCACGUUACGCGCCAGCUUGGGACAAUUUUACAGCGGCGUCCGAAUAGCAUUAGGACUGCCAAAUAAUCAAACCUUGAUAAAAUUGAUGAAAGAAUGCUUGCUGGCCCAACUGAAUGACAGCGGCAUAACCUGGAAUGUAGUCGAUGCAGUGAACGAUCCAAGUUUUGAUUCUUCCUCUUCGCUAACGGAGGGCCUCUGGGGUGUUUUCAAGCACAAAAUUUGCAACCCUCUUGCACACUUUUUGCUUGUUAGUGAUAUCUGGCGCAUAUCUGAUCGACCCUCCGUCACGUUAUGGUGCGACUUUGUUACAGCAAAUUAUCCCGACCGUUUGAUGUCGCUCAACUCCUCCGAUUCUCCCCCCCAAAUUCCUGUUGGAUUUCGAACCUGCACUCAACCGUUUGGUCGAUUGCUAGCAUCUUUCGGCAUGAAUUACGGUCAACGCACAGAACCACGUCUCAACGAACCGCUUCAAUGGCUCUUAAAGCGUGUCGCCGAAAACGAAGAUGAAAAUUCGGAAGAGAUUAAAGAGGCAUACUUUCUUGAUUGGUUUUUGCUUCGCAUCCCUCCACAUUUACAUCGCUGCUUGCGAAAAGUGCCGCUGUCGAAGAUGAGUUAUCUUAUUGACAGUCUGUUUGAAGAGCAAGCCAUGUUUUUCCUUGACUGGGAGCAUUGUGAAGCAGAAGUAAUUGCAGCUCUUGAAUUGGUUAGCAUUGCAUGUUUCGCGACUGCGGAUACAAUUGACUUUUGGAGCGAGGCAACGAGCAGGAUACGCAAUUGGAAAUUUUUUACCGAAACAGCAGCCCGGUUAUCCUUGGAGACCUUGGCUUCAGCCGAUGUUAUGAAGUCCCAUAAAAGAUUCAUGCAAUCAAUUUCAUCCAUCGAACUGAGUCCGGCGCUUACAAAUCUACUGGAUCGCGGGGAAGAUUUGCCACGGGUUUGGCUUGGUUUGAGAAUCACGAAACGUAUCUUGCUCUUUGAUCCAGAUUCGGACAUCAGACUUCCAGAACUACAGGUUUCUACACCUCAAAGGCUAUUUGAUAGCCUGACAGAUUUAGUCAUUACAUCUGUCGUUCGACCAAGGAUGGCUAGUGGUGGCCAAACAAACCGAAUUGUCCGGACAGCUGACUUGAACGCCUUGUUAAAAAGUACUUCGUCUUGUAGUUCUCCAGAAGAGCUUGCAAAAAUACUGGCAGAGUGCCCCACCACCAAUUCAAUCGUAUUACACGAAGAUAAGAUAGCUCAAGGAGAUAUCGACAGGCAUUGUCCAAGUUGUGAAAGUCGGCUUACCACAAUUGGAAAAACAGAAGAUGAUGAGACUCACCCAGUUACUCAUUUGCGUACGCCAAGUGCCAAAGUGAUAAAUUCCCUGUUCGAAGAUUACCAAAAAUUCAUGUUCUUCUUUGAGCGCGUGGCCGAGCUGUUCAUCCAGCAACGAAAAAACAAUCCGCGUGAUAUCCAAGAUUUGUUGCAUUAUGUUUUAAGUUCUGAUUUCCGUCUGCGAGUCUCAUGGCGCUUCCUGACCGUUAUCGUACGCUCGGUUUUAUCAACUCGCUCUGGCAAAAAAAUUAUGGAUGAUCUUCUCUUAACCAUUCGAUGCAACCGGCCGUCUGUCGAAUUGAAUGUCAAUGCCUACAAUGUAUUACGUGCCUUACUCGCGUGUGCCGACCAAGAUAUCCGGAACAACCAGGACGCCGAACCAGGUUUUGAUUUGAUUGAAGCUGCCAUGGCAGACAAUUGGACUGUUGAUCGCAUUCAACGACUUGCUAACAUUCGAAAGCAAAUCGCUGAAGUUGAAAAUGGAAUGGAAAAUGUUAUAGCAGAAUGGUCUGGUUGGCGGAAGAAUCAGAAUGACCAAGCCCUCACGGAUUCUUUGUUGUUCUUCAUCUUGCGGUUUUUCUCCAGUGAAGGAGACCAAAUUAGACUGAGCCGAAUGUUCCGCAAUCCAAGAAUAGCUGAAGAACUCAAUCACCACAAGGUUGUAAACGAUUUCAUCAUGAUUUUAUCACCGCUCUCUUUAGGUUUUGAUCUACAAUCUGCUACCAGUAGAACAACUGAAUUCCAAAAGCUUUUGUUGGAUGGGGAUCGUUUUGAUACUGAGGAAUUCCAGCAUUAUCGUGCGUUACGCGAAAUUCAACCCGAUUGGGCUCCGUUCAUCGCUCGACUCGCCUAUCACGCGCAUGAUAUCUUCGUAACCAAACAUAUCCGCUUAUUAAGAGAAAUGGCUACCAAUCUGGUUGCCACGUCGCAAUGUGUUCUUCCGGGCAUUGACAAUCAUCCCUAUUUGGCCAGCUUUACAUCGGAGGCAUUCCGUUGGUUCGUUUGUAACUGUGGAACAUUGAAUUGUGUCGGAAACUGUGGACAUCCUACGCCAGAAUCCAUUUGCGUCAAUUGUCGCGUUGCUCUAAGUCAAGCUUCUCAUCAUCCACGGGCUGGAGUUCGACGAGCAACCGCCAGAGACUUUGAGCCACCGACUGGGAUUCACGUGACUCGGAAUGCCACCCGUACCCCAACGUUUGCUGUGAGAAACUGUUCACCGGUUGUCACCCGAUUUGCACUCCUGCUGAAUUCAUUGGCACUGAUGAAUGCUGCGUUAAAUCGACAAACAGAUCAACGUGACAUUAUUCGUUUAUUUGAGACUCUUCCACUAACUGAACGUCAACAGGUUGAAAAUCGGCAAUCAUUGAUUCGGCUUCUGUCGAAUCAUAUAAUCGUCCAUCUAGACCUACUCUGUCAGUUGUUAGUGGCAUCUAGACCACAAUUGGCAAUGACGGACAAGUUCCGCAUUGGCCAUUUGUUACUCCACAAACUACUCGCAUCUCAGGACCGUUCAUUUCUUACACAAGCGGCCGAUUUUGCUAACGGAACACAGGCAAGAGAAACUUUUGAGAAUGGGCUAACAAGACUGUUGAACCAACAAGUAAACCUAGCGGAAGAGCUCGAUCACAUCGCAGGGCAAUCAGAUGCGGCAUCGAAGGUACUACGGCAAUCCUUCCUGCACAACGAAACAUCGCAUUGGGCCUAUGCAAGAAGAGUCUUUGCUGAUCGACAAACAUUACAACUAGAACUAGCCAGGAACGGUCAGCUCCGCAAAACUCUGCCUUUCCUGAAUUUCUUACUGGAUGAUGAAAAUUGGAUGCCCAAAUUAAAUGCAUUGCAAUACCUUGGCGAAGCUUUGCGUUUUGUCGCUCUCGUUCGCACUGUUUUGGCAGGUGAAAUAACUCUAGAGGAAGCAAACCGUAUGACCAUUGCCCAGGGUUUGGAAAAAAUCACGGAUAUCGUUAUGCAGAAAGUGGUUCUAUUAGAUCGCGGGCGCCCUGUAUCGAAGAGGGAACAUGUGAUGGACCUGUUUGAUGGAUUUAAACAGCUGUGGGAUCGAUUUAGUCAGUUGCAAAAUACGGAGAAGAAAACUUUCCUGGAUUAUUUCGAAUGUCAGCAAGUUGAUAUCAACGUUAGACCCAAAACAAUACUUGAUCAAGAAGCACCGCUUAUUCUGAUUUUGGCUGGCAAUGAACUGCCGGAGACUACGUUCAGUUGCCAACUAUUGAGUCACGCUGUGGAAGCUGCUUCAUCCAUCGCCCUUACUGACUUUAUUCAGCCGCUUUGUCGAGGAGGCUCAGGACGCGUCCGACUCUCAUGUUCGAGCUCUGCAGCUUUAACUGAUUUCGACGAAUCCCUCUACGCCCACGUUUCAACUGAAGAGGUCGAUAAUUUUAUUCGGGAUCAUGUCAUCGACCGGUCGACUCUACAGCUUGCUGAGUCAUUCGCAAUGGCUGCCAUUUUAGGACCGGCUGGUAGUACCAUAGCAGAAGAGUUGUCUCUUGAGGUCAUCCCAGAAUUUGUGUUCAAAGACGAUAUGGAAUCGGGAAAUUUUCUUGUGAGUCUGGAGAGGCGUUCUAUCCCUUGGCAGCCAUCUACCAUACCCCCUCAACUCCAGGAACUCAUCUUAGCUGAUUUGGAAAAAAAUCGCUCUUUGGCCGAGGCUAGGUCGAUCCUCAUUUCUGUCAUCACGCAUCUUCAUUCAAAUACCGAACCACUAGUCGUUAGCAAGGUGCGGAAGAACUACAUUUCCGACGUUUUGGAGGAAUUAGUGCAGGCAGAAGUUUUGACAGAACGCCAUAUAUCGAACGCCACUGUAGGCGUCCUCAACAGACAUUUAAAAUUGGAAGUUCGUCACGCUUUUGGUUUGCUGAAAGCCAUUGUUGCGCGAAUGAAAGGUGAUGACGUUUUCGGUGGCCGCGUCCGAGAAGGUUGGACAACGAUGAUGUCUGAACGUCUUGCUCAACUGACGAGUCAAAAAUUACGAGCCGACGCACAACCAGGUGGAAUCCUUGAAACUCUAUUAGAGAUGGUCAACAUUAUAUCAGGUACUCAGCCCGUCCCGGUCGAGCUUACCCCAGACAAGUCUUUGUUGUAUGCCAUCAAACAGAUCGAAGGUCCAGAAUGGGAUGGAAUUCCCACCGAGUUGAGAAUGGAGCAUCUCGGCCACCUACUUUUAAUUGUCGAAUCCGUUGCCAAAAAAUAAGCCUUCGUCAAUUGUUUUCUCUUCCUUAUUUUAAUCCAGUUUUGUUUUGUUAUUCGAUAUUAUGUCAAUUAAGAUUACUAAUUUGCUUCCUGAAACGUGAUAAAAAAUAUGGGGAAGGUCGCACCUGGCCUAGUUUAUUGGCAACCCAUUUCUCUAGUAGAGGG